AUGCACACCGCACUAAUUUGCGCGGUAUUACUUACAAUGGCGAUGGUGUUGCGACAGCAGGCACAAGGUGCCGUGAAAGACAACGAACACGGCGGUGAUUGUGCCGCCCUUUGUGGCCUCAUCCAAUUUGCCGAACCAAAUACGCCAGCUAUCAGCCUUCCUCAAGAGAUAACAGAAAUAGCUGACGAACUGUUGGCAGUGAACCUGAGCAUGAGCGAAGCUGCACUUCAGCAACUAGUAACAAAGCACAAAGACAAGAGCUGGGAUGACAUUCCAGCCAGCGACAAACCAGCCGCACAACCUUACAAGGAGCACUGGCAGCACUGGCAAAAGUUGGCAGCAGACCCAAAACCGGAAACUGUAAAAUUCAAACUAGAGCAGUUCAGAAAAGUCAGUCAAAACACCAUGGCAAAAAACAAAUUUCAUCUUAUAGCUGACGCGGCGUUGGAGUUAGCGACAGAGGCAAAAAUGCUACUGCAGAAGAAAACCAAAACGGAUAUAGACACAAAACUAACAAAAGCACUAAAUGGCAACAAUGCACCCACAAACACGUUCACGUUUUCAGGCAAGACCCGAUCGCAACUGUGCGGAACUGGAACGACAACACCUGGAGAACAAGCCGGAAAGGCGUUAUUGGUUGACCUUUUGUGCAUUUGUGCGGGUGCCAAUACAGAUACCACAGCAGGCAAAAGCUGCUGCAAGGGAUGCGAAACAAACCCAAACCACGAUGAGUGGCAACCAGCUACAAACGCCAAACUACGAGCCGAACACAUAGCCAAGCAAUGCCCAACCACAAGGGCAACAGCAGAUAAGAGCACAACAAAGCUCCACCACCUGCUAGGAGAUUUCUAUACGCAAGUAAACACGGCAAAAGGCACAGGACAAGAGAUGAAAUACGCCCUCGGAACUGUCGGCGGCAACGGAAACGACGGUUGCACCGGCAAGGUAGGAAGCACCAACAACGGCAGAUGCGUCAAGUACACGGACAACAGCAUUCUUAAGGGGACACCGCAACUUGACUGGGUGCAGAACCUCAUCGACGCCGCUGCCGACUAUGACGCAAGGACAGACAACAUGAACAAGAUACAACGGAUAGCGGAUAAAAUGGAGGUACUAAACAAAACCGCAACAGCAUUGCUUUGGGAACAACAGCCAGUCCCAAUCCUCCAAACAAAAGCGGCAACAACUACAACUCAUCAAACAGCAGAGGAGACAAAACAAGAAUGUAAGGCGAUAACGAAAGCAGCUGACUGCAACAGCAAUGGAAACUGCAAAUGGACCAAACCAGACGUAAAAACAGGAACUCACUGCGAAUUAAAUACGACAACGAGCGAACAAGCAGCCCAAACAGGCGGAGGAGCUGCAGGAGCAACCACAACUGUAAAAUGCUCUGAUUAUGGCACGAAAGACAAAUGCGAAGAAGUCAACAAAGGAAAAGACAAACCUGUCUGCGGCUGGAGAAUAGGCAAAGAUAAUGAAGAUGAUAAAGGUACAGAAAAAUGCCGUGAUUCCUCUAUUCUACCAAACAAACACUUCGCCCUCAGCGUGGUUUCUGCUGCAUUUGCGGCCUUGCUUUUUUAA